CGUGACUCGUGAGGGCCGGGCAUCUUAAUUUGUUUUCUAAUAAUAAUAAUCUUUCUAUCUAUAUAUCUCAUCUAUACACACAUUACACACAGAUAUCACAGAUCCAAGAUCACCAUGGCUACAUUCAAAGUCAACGUUCUCUUAUUCAUCACUCUUUUCAUGAUCAUCUCCGUCGUCAGAUCUGAUGAUCCAGAUUGUGUGUACACUGUCUACGUGAGAACCGGAUCCAUCAUAAAAGCCGGAACGGAUUCAAACAUGACAUUAACACUAUACGAUGCUGCAGGGUAUGGAAUCCGAAUCAAAAACUUAGAGGCAUGGGGAGGUUUAAUGGGGCCCGGAUACAACUAUUUUGAAAGGAGUAAUUUAGAUAUAUUUAGCGGAAAAGGUCCUUGUUUGACAGGGCCACCAUGUGAAAUGAAUAUUACUUCAGAUGGCACUGGAUCGCACCACGGUUGGUACUGUAACUAUAUUGAAGUUACUACAACCGGGGCGCAUAUUCCAUGUGCCCAACAGAGUUUUACUGUUGAACAAUGGCUUGCUACCGAUACUUCGCCUUAUGAACUUACUGCUGUUAGGGAUUAUUGUGGUGUAUCUGAUAAUGGUGACAAGAGACGUGUGAUUCGUGAGUCUGGUUCCUCGUUACGUUCUGUAGUUUGAGGAGGCAUUCGGUUUGUGUCUGUUUUUGUUUGAGUGUGGGGAGGAUUUGAGCCAGCUUUUACUGUUUUAAUAAUCAUCGGAGGGU